AUGGCAUUCCUCUUUUUCGCUGCCGUCUUCACUCUUUUGGGGUGGCUCGCUUGCGAGCAUGACUUCUUCUCGCUUGCCUCUUCGGUCCCUGCGGCUGGUCCGCAUACCAUAUCAUCUUCGCCUCCCUCUUCACCUUCGGCCUCUGCUCCGGCUGAUCCGGUAGCAUCGCCAUCUCUGCCACGUCGAGAGCGUCGGGCUCUCGCUCGAUCUCGGUCUCGGUCUCCUCCUCCGGUUCCUGCGUGGGCACACCCUGGCUCCCUCCUCUCGCCUCCUCGGCACCGCCCUGUCGAGGACAAGAACGACACUUUUCUGAAUGUCAAAUCCACCGAGGCCGAUGGCCUGAUGGAGAGAGUUUGGCAUCCGAUAAACGGGUGGAAGUGGGCUGCGGUCCGUGGUGAGAGGUUGGCCGCGAGGAUGAUUCCUCUUCCGAAUUCUCCUCCCCCUUCGCCCAUCAUCGCUCCGUGUUCUCCUCCUGUCGCGGUUCCUCCUGCUUUUGUUGCAGCUUCUGCACCUGUGACCGUUCCCGUUCCGCCUGAUCCUGCACCAACACCUAUUGUCGUCUCUCCGCCUCCUCGCUCGGUCGCCUCCAUCCUGGCUGGCAUCCCCUCCCUACCACAGGGACUCACACACGUCUUUCCGCUGCCGGCUCCAGCACCACUGCCACAGCCACAGCCUCUGUUUGGUGGGUUGUCGCUGGCAACACCUGCUAAGUAUGCUUCGGGUUCCCUGACUAUGGUGCUGCCCGACCUCACACCCUCGGUUCCGAUGCCGUUGGCUCCUCCUCUCCCGACUUCUCUUUCGGCUGGGGCUGACCAUAAGCCCCAGGCUGAUGACAUAUGUGGAAUCGUUGCUCUGACUCCCCCUGCCUCCUCUCCUUUCGCCUUUGGUGGUAGAUCUAUUGGUGUUUCCGCUAUGCCUACUCCCGCUCCUCCCUCUAAUAGCACUUUCGAUGCCGUCUUCGACUUCACGACACCCUCCCCUUUCUCCUCUCCAACACCUUUCUGUUCUACCUCCGGUCGCCCCCGUGAUCGACGAAUCCUCAAGAGGGUCUACGAACCUCGCUUCGAAGACGACAGAGACGACGACGAUUCUCUCAUGGAGAAAUACUGGGACGCUGGAUUCACCACCCUCGACUCCCUCAUGCAAGCCGAUAUUCCAAUGGUGACCGGGUGCGGGCUCGAAAACAUUGCUGGAUACAUCUCCGGUUCCACUAUCGCCUCUUUCGAGCACAAUCUUCGGGACAAGGAGAAUGGACUUCGCCGCCUGGCUAACCUCCUGCGUUGGCAAUGCGGAUCCACUCGACCGCAACCCCCUGGUGGGACUGUGGCCCUUGGUCAACUCAUCACCGUGCUGGCACGUGUGGAUGAGUUGGUGAGGGGAUUUGUAGCUGACAAUGGAGGUCAGCAGCAACUGUUCGUGAAGGGUGACUUCUUCAAGUGGGCGCGGGCGUGGCGUUACUUGGAGAAGCAUUGGUGGCAGGUCAGGAAGACGAAGCUGCAGCAGGAACUGGAUCCUGCUAUAUACGGACAGGUGGUGGUGUUGGUGAAGCUGCACCAAGUCCACUGGGUGAGAUUUCUUCGUGAAGCUCCUGAUAAGGGCAAAGGUCGUGAUUGGUGA